AGAAAGACGCAGAUUGCACUCGAAUACGUUUAUCAGCGGGCAAGCGAGAGCGAUUGUCAUGUUUUUUGGGUGCACGGAAGUGGAGUACAAAAGUUCAGUGAGGGUUUCAGAGCCAUUGCGCAACAUGUCCGAAUUCCCCCAGCCAGCGCCGAGAUGGACGAAGAGGAAUUCCUAUUAAAUGUAAAGAGGUGGUUUGAAGGUCCGGAUAAGGGUGAUUGGUUACUUGUCAUUGACAAUGCCGAUAACGAGGAGGACUUUAUCGGCAAUAGUGGUCGCAUCUCCAAAUUUGUACCACAAGGACCCAGGGGUACUCUAAUAUUCACCACCAGAUCUCUCCAAGUCGCAUCAUGGCAGGUUUGCGAUAGGAUCGAUGUCGGGAAAAUGGAGGGGGAUGAUGCCCAAGAAUUAUUUUUGAAACGCUUGGGUAACUGGAACUGGAAUGGUUCGAGAGAUGAAGAAAAAGAGGCGAUCGCAAUGAUACUGGACUUCCUACAUCACAUCCCACUGGCUAUUGUAGGAGCGGCAGCCUUCAUGACAGUAACCCAGACAACGCCAUCAACUUACUGGUCCAUUUUCCGGGCAAGCGACGAACAAGCAAAGCGGCUACUUUCACGGCCGUUUUGCGAUAUCCAACGAGAAACCGAUAUGACCGAAAGCAUCUUAGCUACGUACUUCAUCACCUUUGACCGAAUCACAGACCAGAUGCCCCAAGGGGCAGAGCUUCUGCGUCUAAUUGCAUUCUUCGAUCGCCAGAACAUACCCGAGCAGCUAUUG